AUGAGCAACAAAUGUAUUGCGUUCGUCCGUUCUAGUCUUGGGCUCAAGUCAAAGUCUACUCGAGCACCUCAGGAUGCUAUCUUCAUAGCAAUUGAUACCGAAGGAAGCAGGACUGAUCUCACAGAAUUGGGUAUCUCAACCUUUGACACUCGUGACAUCAAGAAUCUCUGCCCUGGUCCUUCAGCAUUGGAAUGGUCAAAACAUAUCAAACCUCGUCAGUUUCGUUUCAAAACUGGCCAGCGCCAACCAUUUCUCUUUGGUGCUGUUGAGCACCGAAUUCCAUUGGCAGCGAUACGACCUUAUCUCAAGUUGCGUCCCGAUCGGUUGUAUAUACUUGUCGGACAUGCUCUGCACCACGAUAUCGAGAAGCUCGCUCGCGUGUUAGGGUUCGAGCUGCGUAACGAGUCCAACAUUGUUGCCAUUGUGGAUACCUACGCUCUAGCUCAGCAAUGUCGGACUAGAUUACCUGGCCGACUCUCGAAGCUUUGGAGGUUCCUCGUGAACUCAAGUCCAGGUGAUGUUACGCCGUCUGAUGUUAUCAGGUUAUUCUCUCCCAACAUGCGUACCGCAGAUCUGAACUAUGAGAGCAACCAUGCUUUCCACAAUGCAGGCAAUGAUGCCUUUUACAACAUGCAUACUCUUUUGAUGCUUGCACUGCAGCCAGAACUUCUUAGAGAACCCCAAUACAGCUCUUCACUAGCUGGGGUACUCCUCAAGGCUCGAUCUUCAGCGUGGCAAUUGGUACGACGCCUGACAAGUAAAACUUCAACAUCGAAAAUUACGUCAAUGGCCCCGGGCUCAUUUGUUGGCCGACCUGAGGGUGUGGCAUCUAUACAGCCGCCCCAGAACGCAGGCAACCAAGGUUUGACAAUCUGGAUGAAGAAGCCCAAGACCUGA